CCCUCACGUAAUAUGCCGGGAUUUGUUGAUUUUGAAACAACAACAAAAAUGUGAUCGCAGCAUCCUUGAGGAACCUUCCAGUAAUCCCUGUGACUGCUUGGAGGUUAAGAUUGGGUUGUAACAGAGUAUCAGAGCAAGACGUUCCUACCUGUCAGCUAGUGAUUGUUCUGUAUGGUGACAUGAGCAGAGUCGCCUGACUUCUCCCACUUAUUACAGAUGUCCGGCUUAGAUAUGUUGAGCAUCCUGCUAUGAUGUCCAUCACCAAGCCAGAACACUCCGAGGCCAACCCUCAGUGCCAGACUGGCAGCCGGCCGGUGGCUGAGCCCGAGACCCCUGCUGUUCACAAGAACAGUGGAAGCUGGCUCAGCUGGGUCUUUGGGAGUGGAAAAGUUAAUAAGAAGGAGGUUCAUCUACCUGAGGACAAAGACAGAUCUAUUGUCUGGGAUCCAACUCUGCACAGAUGGGUUGACAAAACUGAGCCCAAGGCUGAGAACAAGCUUGUACCACCAACUCCACCGAUGGGGAUGUAUGGAUUUCAGGGGAACCCUGGCAGUGUCCCCAAAGGAGUGAAUCCUUACUCCAUGAAAGCAGCAGGUCUAUGGGGCAGCAGAUACCCUACAAUGCAUUACACUGAUGGGACCAACUCAAAGCCUCCAAGCCAGGGGCCUGGACCACUUCCUCGACAGCUCUCUGGCCUGCUCCCUCCCUCACACUUUGACCUCAUGGCACCAAUGAUUGUGCCACCUGACACUCUACCCUACUGACGUAUGAAUCUGGAAAAUCCUUCCAAAAUGUAUCCAUUCAUCAUUAACUGAGCUUUUACUUUAACAUAGCAAAAGGCUGAAGUAGCACGGAUGUUAACUAUUUUUCUUUUUGUCCAACAGGCCAACAGGCCCUUUUCCAAGAGUGAAUUUGCCCAUAUCCAUAAAUUGAUUUUUUCAGCAUAAAAAAACGUCGGCAUUGAACAUUUAUUAAAAUAUCAUCUUUUAAUUAUAUCUCUCCUUCGGGUCGUCAUGUUCAAUUUAAUUUACCAUGCUCAUUGCUUGUGCAUUGCUUUACGUUACAUACUGUACAGACAAGUAUAUUUGACACACAACAAACCCAUCUAAUGACACUGGUUUUAUUGUCUCAUUGGUUGAUUGAGCAUCUGCAUGACUGGAAACAAUAUUAUUCUUUCAUUCAGAGGGCACAUGGUUGGUGGUUGUAGACACAGGUUAACUCAGUUGAUUUUAAUUGCUGAAAGGCCAAGGCGAGUGAGCACAAUUGAGAGAUGGUCCGUGCAAUUCAGGUUCCUUGGGACGUCCUUACCCCAUUGAAGUUGAAAUGUAAAAUGGUUAGGGUUAGGUAAGGGUUAAGGUUAGGGUUUAGAGUAAGGACGUCCCAAGGAUUCCGAAUAGCACUGAGCAUUGAAAGAUGACUGUGAGAAUUUGGCUCUCCAGUCUGUCACAGCACAAGCAUUGGUGUAUAUGGCCAUUUGUUUUUAUUCAUUUUUCAAUUUUAUAACACACAGCAGGUCAAUACAAACACUGCAGUAAAUUAAUGUGAGAUGCAUAAAUUACAGUGAGUCUGAUUCCCAGAAAAUGCAUCCAAAGAGAUUUUAGAGAACAUU